AUGUCAUCCCUCAGCCCCAAAUCGCUGGCGUCCCUGGUGGAGUCCGCCGUGUCCGCCCGCUCCCCCCUCCUCGGCCGGGCCGCCCACGGCCAGGUCGUCAAAACCCUGGGCAUGGCUCUCAACUCCUUCCUCUCCAACCACCUGGUCAACAUGUACGCCAAGCUCGACCGGCCCGAUUUGGCCCGCUCCCUGCUCUCCCUCACCCCAGCCCACUUCCGGUCUGUCGUCACCUGGACCGCCCUCAUAUCCGGCAGCGUCCAGAACGGUCACUUCCCCUCCGCCCUCUCCUUCUUCUCCGACAUGUGCCGCGAACGCGUUCACCCCAACGAGUUCACCUUCCCCUGCCUCUUCAAGGCCGCCACCUCCCUCCGCUCUCCCUCCCUCGGCCGCCAAUUCCACGCCGCCGCUGUCAAGCUCACCCUCUCCGACGACGUGUUCGUCGCCUGCAGCGCCUUUGACAUGUACUCGAAGACGGGCCUCCUGACAGACGCCGACAAGGUGUUUGACAAAAUGCCCGAGAGGAACAUCGCCACCUGGAACGCUUGCAUCACGAACAAGGUCCUCAACGGUAAGCCUCGCGAGGCAGCCCACAAGUUCGUGAACCUGUUGCGCGAAGAGGAAGUUACACCAAACUCAAUAUCGUUCUGCGCAUUCCUGAACGCGUGCUCGGAUGCCGGCCUCUCAACCCAAGGGAAGCAGCUGCACGGGUACCUGAUUAAGGCCGGGCACGAGUCAGACGUCACAGUCUCUAACGGGCUUAUCGAUUUCUACGGGAAAUGCCGCGAAAUCAAAUUCUCCGAGAGAGUUUUUUAUAGCAUGAGCGACCGUAGUGCAGUUUCUUGGUGCUCGAUGUUGGUGGUCUACGAGCAGAACCAUCUGGGCGAAGCAGCAUGCAGGCUUUUCUGUGAGGCGAGACGAGCUGGGGUCGAGCCGACCGACUUCAUGGUAUCGAGCGUGGCAAGCGCGUGCGCGGGCUUGGCCGCGCUAGAUUUGGGCCGGGCAGUUCACGGCCUGGCCGUUAAGGCCUGUGUCGAGGGCAAUGUGUUUGUCGGGAGCGCGCUCGUCGACAUGUACGGGAAGUGCGGCUGCAUCGAGGACUGCGAUAGGGCAUUUUCGGAAAUGCCGGAGAGAAACUUAAUCUGCUGGAACUCGCUGAUCGGCGCAUACGCCCACCAGGGGCAUGCUGACGUGGCGCUCAGGCUGUUUCGCGAGAUGGGGCCAGUGCCGAACUACGUGACGUUCGUGUGUGUGCUGACCGCGUGCAGCCGGGGGGGCAUGGUGGGGGUAGGAUUGGAAAUCUUCGAGUCUAUGAAGGGCAAAUACGGAAUAACACCAGGCGCAGAGCACUACGCGUGCGUGGUCGACAUGCUGGGGCGAGCGGGACAGGUGGAGCGAGCCUACGAGUUUGUGCUGCGGGAAAUGCGGGUCCCGCCCACAGUCUCCGUGUGGGGUGCUCUGCUGAGCGCGUGCAAGCUGCACGGGAAGCCGGAGAUUGGGAAAGUGGCGGCGGAAAAUCUUUUCCAGUUGGACCCACACGACUCGGGGAAUCACGUCAUCCUCUCGAACAUGUAUGCAGCUGCGGGCAAAUGGGACGAGGCGAAUCUCGUCCGGGUUGAGAUGAAGGAGGUUGGGAUCAAGAAAGGAACGGGCUACAGCUGGAUAUCCGUGAAAGGCAAAGUUCAUAUUUUUCAAGCGAAGGAUAGUUUGCAUAGGAUGAAUAUUGAUAUCCAGGCGGUGUUGGCGAAGCUGAGGAUGGAUAUGAAGGCGGCUGGAUAUGUUCCGGAAACUAAAUUGGCGUUGUAUGACGUGGAGGACGAGGAGAAGGAAUCGGAGGUUUGGUAUCAUAGUGAGAAAAUUGCGCUGGCGUUUGGGCUGAUGGUUCUGCCGCCCGGAGUGCCGGUAAGGAUCACGAAGAAUCUGAGGGUGUGUGUGGACUGUCAUAGUGCGAUUAAGUUCAUAUCGGGGAUUGUGGGGCGGGAGAUUAUUGUUAGGGACAAUAACAGGUUUCAUCGGUUUGUGGGCAAUCAGUGUUCCUGUGGUGAUUAUUGGUGA